AGGAGAAAAGGCUGUUGGGCGCCAUACUGGUUUGGUUCUUCGGCACAGUACGCGGGCAGCGCCUCCGCCGAUCGUUGCAGCAGUAGAUUGGCGGUAGCGCCAGUAGAACGGUGUGGUAGUCGGCAACAGCAGCAGCCGUCGUCGUCGUCGUCGUCGUCGUCGUCGUCGACGAUCGUGUAGCCCGUCGUUCGCGUUCAUCGACAUCGCGGCGUCGUAACGUCGUGGCAAUUUACUUUAUUUUCUUUCCCCCCUUUUUUUUUUACGUCCUACAGUUUCUCGUGGGAGACUACGUGUCUCUCUCUCUCUCUUUCUCUCGCUCGCUCGCUCGCGCGCGCGCGCGCGCGCGUGUCUCGUCUCGUCGGCCGGCACACAUUGUACGUUUUUCAUUCCCUCUCUCUCUCUCUCUUUCUCUCGUUCUCUUUACGGACUGUGGAAGCAAGCGGACAAGGAUAGAAGGAUACGGAUAGAGAAAGACGGAGACGCGUAUACAGCUGGAUUUUAACGUCUGCCAAGAGGAGUCAGGCUUACUCGGAAUACACUGCACAUCUCGGCAACGGUGUAGCAGCAUGGUAUGAUACAAGCGAGCCUGAAGAUUCUCCCCCAAAAAGAAUGAUGAAGCCUCAUAUCCUGACGUACCUGGUCCUCCUCCUCCUCCUGCCUCUAGUGCUGGGAUAUAACUUGCAAGAGGACGAUCUGGUCUUUGACGACAUCGGCGAGGAAAGUAGCAGCACUCCCUCGAUCGAGAGGCACAUCGCCGAUCGUAGUAGAAACGUAGUGGAACACGAUCGACGAUUGACGAAAGAUACAAAGAGACAUCAUCGAGUCGAGAGAUUGUGGGAUAUACCGGAUGUCGUCGUUCCAGUCGGUCACAUUUUCAAAUUAAGGAUCACGAGACAAGCUUUCGGUGGUAGCGUAGAACGUUACGAGAUACACGAGGCAAAUGGACAGAGCCUGUCCCGUUGGUUGUACUGGGACGAUGCCGCUUCCACUCUUCUUGGUGUCCCAUCGAAGAAAGAUGCCGGUAAUCAUCAUUUAAUCGUCAAGGCUAUCGGGAAACACGGCGACAACGCCAAAGACGCUUUCGUCGUGCAGGUAGUUCCGGAGAAACGCGAGGAGGUCAAGCACAAAGACGGCAAGAGUCACUGUAAGGAAGGAGAGGACCAGACGCUGCUAACGAUCUUUCUGGAUGUCAAGUUCGAGAAUCUCACACCGUCCGUUAAAGUAAACGCGAUCGAGAAUCUUGCUGGAUUUUUGGGACUCCACACGAGUGCAUUCUCUAUGCACCCGCAAAGCGCUAAGGAAACUUUGAACCCCGAUUCUCUGGUUAUAUUUACCGGCCCUGGGAAUGUUAAAUAUCGUACCGAGAGGCAUCUGACGGCUAUCCAAUGGCAGGUUGGGUGCGACGGUCACUUAUGGAGGCACCAGACGAAUUUGGUCAAACAGCUGCGAGAUCAGGCGAAAGAUGGGACACUAGCGGAGGUUCUUCAACUUCCUGUACUAUUGUGGCGCGUAAAGACUGACUCGACCUUUCUAUCUAGAAGCCGUAGAGAAGCCGGAUCUGGUGAUUUCGACGCCGACGAUUACGAGGGUUACGAUUAUGACGACGAUGAAUAUGGCGAGGACGAGGACGGUGGCGAUGAUAACGAAGCGAUCACGGAACCACCGUUGCAACCGUCUUUCGUGCCUAACGUAAACUCGAGAGGAAACACCGAAUGGUUGGAACAUCCGCAUAGGCAUCAUCAUGGAGAAGAAACAUUGGAUUUGGGCCAGAACGAAGAGGUUGACGAACGAGAAAUCGUACCAUCUAUAGAUCCACGUAACGCUGAAUCAAACGCCGCUAACGCCUCGUUCAAUGGUCUAUUGACCACAACAACCACCCAAUUUACACCGUCAUCAUCAUCAUCAUCAUCAACUACAACUACAACCACUACAACCAUGCCAACUACGACAACUUCAAGCACAACGACUCAAGCUACGACAAUGCCCACGAGUACUACUCCUACUACUACUCCUACUACUACUACUACUACUACUACUACUACUACUACUACUAGUACUACUACAAGUAGCAUUACUACGACAAGCACAAUAGCAGAUACAACACCAGCUACCACUUCGACCACCGUUGUUCCGUCAACAGAACCUACAAAGGUGGAUAUUAUGGAAGAGAGGGAAGAUAAUACUCAACGCGUGGACAUGGAAUCUGUUACUCUGUUACCCACAAUUUCUCCCGAAAUCACAACCACUCUACCAUCGAUUACUACGCUUCAAUUUAGCACAACAGCUGCUUCGACCAGCGCUACGGGAAAAGCAGAAACAGAACCUACCACUGUUUUUGCUAACGUUACGUACGAAGAGGCGACAUAUGGAAUGACUGUACCUGUAACGCGUCAAUCUACAACGACCACCCCAAUUGCGUCGUCUACUAUCGUUGGGAGUACAAGUGUCCCUACGACUAUUCCGCCCACGCAAACUCCUACGCUAUCUACAUUUAACACGAAAUCGGAGAUACAUACGGCCACGUCUACCGUUGGUGUUACUAUCGCUAGUAGUACUACUGUCCCUAGUACUACCGCGGCUCAAUCUACUACGACCGUUACGAUUCCACCGUCGCAAGCUACGACGGAAAAUAUUGAAAUUCCGAUUAGCAAUUUGCCACCCAAAAAGGAUAGAAGGUUGAAGAAACUUCGUGUGAUAGCUGGCAAACCGUUAAGUUACGUUAUACCUGCUGACACCUUCAGCGAUCCCGAGGAUGGUGAUACGAGAAAUCUAAAAUUGGUUCUAUACUUGCAAGGUGUACCGAUUAAAACAACCAAUUGGCUUCAAUUCAAUCCUCGUACGCAAGAAGUCUACGGAUUACCCCUCGAAAAUGAUAUAUCUACUUGGAAUUACGAAUUGGUGGCCACGGAUAGCGGUGGGCUAAACGUCUCCGACAUAUUGGAUGUUCACGUUCAACAGCACAGAUUGAGUCGCAUCGUCAAUCAUGAAUUUAGUAUUUAUCUAAAAAUAGAUAAGCGCAAUCUUUUCCCGACCGAUGUUGAUUGGGAAUUACAGGUUAUUGGAAGUUUGGCCGAGCUAUACGGCGACGCAGAUCCGUAUUAUAUAACAGUACGGGCUAUCGGCAUUGAUCACGAUCAAGCUAUUUUCACUUGGAUGAACGACACCUUCCCUCGUAGUAGCGAAUGUCCCAAGGAUCACAUAAAUGAACUAUUACGCAUUUUGAUCGAUAAGGACGGUGAUCCUAGUCCUUUAUUGAGAGGAGCUUUGGCACCUGAAUUAAGAGUGAAGCGUGUCGUCUUCCAAGGGAUCGGACAGUGCGAGGAUAUGAAUCGUCAAUCGGUAAUACCUAAAGCUCAUACCGAAGAGCCCAAAGUAAAUUUCCCUCCUGUUCCAAGGAAUCAAGUGGAUCACGUAAAUGCCACCGUUGGGGAGUUGCUUGUAUUCAAAGUCCCAGAGGACACGUUCUUCGAUUCAGAAGACGGAUCCUCUCGCAAUAUGAAAAUGUCUCUUUUGACGAUCGAACGUACUCCUAUUCCGCCCGACGAAUGGUUACAGUUCGAUAAUAAAAAUCAAGAAUUUUAUGGCGUGCCUCUGCAAAAUGACGUAGGUCGAAAGGAAUAUCAAUUGGUCGUGACAGAUAGAGAGGGCGCAAGCGCCACGGACGGUUUAGUGGUCGUUGUACAUCCAGCUCCGCCCAUGACGCAUACGGUUGAGUUUUCGAUGACUCUGGAUAUACCGUACGAAUCCUUCGCUCAUUCAGCCAUGCAAAAGCGCAAUUUUGUUGAAAAAUUGCGUGACUUGUAUCACGACCGUGACACGAGCGCCAUUUCUUUGCGCAGCAUUUCGAACGGCAGUACUGUCAUCACGUGGCACAACAGAACAUUACCAACGGCUUAUUGUGCCCACGAAGAAGUUAAUAGAUUACGGGCGGUAUUGGUUAAGAGCGACAACGACAGACGAUCUGUUACCGACGAGGUUUUGGACGUGAUGGGCCUGAAGUUCCCAGUUAAGCAAAUCACUGUAAUCCCAAUGGGAAUAUGUCGCGGUGAAUUGACGGGCGUCCAUUCUCCGGACAGUCACGUGCCACCCAUCGACGAUUCCACCUCGAUCGGUGCAUUCCACGAUGAUUAUCUAAUAACCUUCGUUCUGCCCGCCAUUAUAAUAGCGGCCAUGCUCAUUCUAGCCGGCGUGAUAGCGUGCAUACUUUACAAACGUAGACGCAGCGGCAAGAUGAGCGUUAGCGAGCAGGACGACGAGCGACAGAGCUUCCGUAGCAAGGGAAUACCCGUGAUAUUUCAGGAUGAGCUCGAUGAAAAGCCAGACCCAGGCAAUAAGUCGCCCGUUAUCCUGAAGGAAGAGAAACCACCGCUUCCACCUCCUGAAUAUCAAAAGACCGAGGACGGCGCGGACGUGCCAAUGUUGCCGAAAGAAAAUUCCGAGGAGCCUUACCAACCGCCGCCGCCGUUUGCGACGAAUCGCGAUACAAAUCGACAAAAUCGUCCGAAGCCAACGCCGACGUACAGAAAACCGCCCCCAUACGUGCCUCCCUAACAAAAUGCAGUGCACUCGCCUACGCGCAAAUACAUGCUAGCUAUGCUCGGAGAUGCAUCACCGAUACACGUGCAAAAGCAAAAGGAUUCUUACAAGAAAUCUCAGUUCGGCGGAAACGUUGAAAAUUACGGGGCCCUAAGCGUUUACAGCGAUCACUGAACUUUUUAUUUUCUUGCACGGAGUAUCACAUAACGAACCGAAUGAUUUCUCUUACAGGGAAAUCUGUAAUUGCACGUUUUUUUUUACUUAUUACGUUUCUUUUUUUUUUUUUUUUUUUUUUCUUUUUUUUUUUUUCCUUUUUUUUUUUUUUUACAACGGACGAAUAUGGAUUGAAAAUAAGUUGGCCGCGUACGUUUGCGAGAAUGUUACGUAAUGAACAACCUGUCAUAACUUUUUAUUAACGUAUUUCAUUUCAUUGAUUCUUAAUAUCGUACGAUUUCUUCAUUUAUCGAUAUAUUAUUUUUUAAGGAGUACGGAAUAGAAAUCACGCGUUGCCUUUCGUAACGAAUUCAAACUGUAGAGAAGGAUUCUCAUUGCUCCGAUCGGACGAGUAAAUUUAGUUUAGAUCAUUAGUAGAACCAACAAAGGUGGAUAGGUGCAAAGAUAUUCUAUUUGAAAUAAUGCUCUGGACAGUCAACGACUUUCGUAUUUCAUUAAUCAGUGCCAUUUUUUAAGCAAUAAGCGUGACGAAUGCAUCGCGUAUUUGCGCAUGUUGGUUCUACGACCUACUACCUACCUGAAGAGAAUUAAGCUUCUUCAAGAAGUAUCAACAACUUGAACGAAACUCUUUUAAUCGUGCAUACAACGUGUAACACUGCCAAAAAAAAAAAAAAAAAAGAAGUACUAUAGCGACGUACAACCGGUGAUUCAGGGCGGGGUGGGGGAGGGGCGUCAGUUCAUUAAUCGACCGACACAUUUUUCUUACAUCUCGAACGUUGUUUAUUUCCUUUAGGAUUAUUUACCGUGCGAAUUGAACAAAUCACAGCGAACGUAAGACGGAAGAUUACUUAACGUUUAUAUGCAUAUAUUUAAGAUGAAGUCAAAAUGGCGCUUAUCGCGGAAUCAUCAUCGUUUUGAUAAAACAUUGUCUCUCAUAAAGAGAAACCGACAACUUUUUGACGCGGGAUCUUUAAAUAUUGGUUCGUGCAAUGCCAUUGUAAAGUGACAGCAAAAUGCUUCCAUUGGCACCGUAGGCCAUGCAGACUAAAGAAAGAAAUGAUGAUAAUAUAUACGAUACAUAUACAUAUACAUAUAUAUAUACAUAUACAUAUAUAUAUAUAUAUAUAUAUACAUAUAAAAAUAUAAAUAUGUAUAUUAUACCUAUUUGCUGUUCGAUAGACAUUAUUAGUCUGUGAGGUAUUUGGAGCGAUGAUAUUUGAAUACUGCCAGACGAGCGUCAUAGCAUUUACGUUCUUCAUCAUGCGUAAAAUUGCAAUUACGCAUCGCGAUCCUACAUUUUCUUCUUUUCACGCACAAUACUUGGCAGCCAAGUUCUUUUGCACGUACAAAUCGUACGAUCAUCGCCAGACGCAAGAUUAACUUUGCCCUUUGAUUUCACCAAAUUUCUAUUAUAAUUAUUUUGAUAAGGGAUUUAGAUCAACGUUAAUAAUCAACUUUAACCUUGAUCCAAAUACCAACGCAUUCGUACACGAAUAAUAAACCGUUAUUUAAUUUAGAUUUUUACAUAGUUACCAAGCCAAAAAUAAUUAAUAUUUAACGGAUGGAAAUGAGAUUAAAAUAGUUGACACACACAGGAAAAAAAGAAAAAAAGAAAAAAAAAAAAAACAAAGAAAAGAGAGAAAAGAAAGGAACGUGUUCGGGAUGGCUUGCGCAAGGACACGUUCGUUUUAUAAUCAUUUUUGUAAUUUUUUAGGCGUGUCGCUAAGCGCCACCGUUAAUAACUUGCGCGUUCCUGCUAUGAGAAAAAGGAGUAAGGGACACGAUACACGGGUAAAAUGUCUAACGCAUACAGCCGUUUCUUCGAUACCUCGAUACUUUUUCCUGAUAUUUUUGAAAAGGAAAUGUAAGAAACGAUUAAACAAAAAAAAAAAAAAAGAAGAGAAAAAAAGAAGAAAGAAAGAAAAGUAUCGGUGCAACCUCAAGUUUGGAGGCUUCGUUUUUUAUUCGUCCUACCUAAUGAUGUCGACGGACGGUCGACGAAGCCGCAAAUUUGGGGGUGGGGUGGGGGGAUGUGAAACUCCUAUGAAAAUCGUGUGAAUGGUGAUAACAAUUGUAUGUAACAUAUAACAGACGGAUGUUUCGUAUGCAAGCUAAAAAUUACUUUAAUAUAUAUUAUACAUUAAUUCGCGUCUUUGUAAACUCUCUUUGAGAGUUUAUUGUGUAUAACACGACGAUUGGAAUCCUUCUCAUUGUCUCUUGUUUAUCGCGUAUAAACUUUUCCAAAAGCGUAGUCAUAGGUACGCGCCGAUAAAAAGUCAUAGGUACGUUCGAUAAAAAGUCGUAAGUAGUUUUCUUUUCUUAUCCUACGAUUGGACAGUAAUUUUUAUAACGGAGAAAUCGUUUACAUAACGAAGCUUAAUUAUCGGACACAUUUUUAUGAAUUAGAACGUAAGAGAAGGUGCAGUACGUAAGUAUGUGUCUUUUCUUCUUUUAUUUUUUGUUCUCUCGUACGUAAUCAGAUAAUGAAGAAAAAGUAAAACGUCUUCGAAUCCAAUCUCGAUUCGCUUUAACGGACUUAUCUCUUCGCGAGCUGCGAUAAACAAGCUCUUUUCAUAUCAUGCUUUUAAUCAUAUCAUCGCUCGUGCAUCUUCUUAAAGCGCUCCAUCAUGUUACCGUGAAAAUGAUGAUUAUGUAUGAUAAAUCGUGUGUACGAUAUUUAUGUGACAAGAGACGAUGCGAUUCGAAGGUUUUCAACGAUAAACUCGUUGAAAGAGUCCUCUCAAGAAGAAGGGGAUGCAUCAAGAAUUGCUCAGACUUUAUUCCUGGCCUGCGAGUGUAUCUUGAAAAUAUUUUAUAAUUGUAUAAAGGAUAUGGAAAAGGAGCAAGUAGAAAGAGGCGAUUACGAUAAGUAACCAAAACAGAUAGAUCUCACUGUAAUUUUCGGAUUUGAAUUUUUUUUUUUCCUGAGAAAUAAUAGAGUGAAAAAUGAUCGAUCGAUCGAACGCCCCAAGUUUAUGGGAAAUUACCAUUUGAAGGAGGGAGGGAGAGGGAAAAUUGACGCUAGGUAUCGUAUCGUCCGUACGAUUUGCAUAAUUAUAAAUAUAUGUGUGUUUGUGUGUGCGCGUGUGUGCGCGUGUGUGUGUAUAUAUAUACAUUAUAUAUAUAUAUAUAUAUAUGUAUAUGUAUAUGUAUAUAUAUAUAUAUAUAUAUACACAGUGUGUGUGCGAGCGUGUGUGUGUAAAUAGAUAUAUAGUUGACGGCAGUACUGAUCGGAAGUUUGACGGUAUUUUUAUCUCUAAAGUAAACGUCAUUGUCGGCGUAUUUUUCGCGAAGGAAAACAAAAAAAAAAAGGUUUAAAAGACGAGACACUUUUGUAUACUAUAUAAAACGCAAAGGUAAAAACUGAAUUUUUAACAUGUGGGAAUAAUUGCGAGUAGAUUUUAAUGGAUGCCUCGCCAUAAUUACUUUACAAGCCCCCUACGUACGUAAUCGAGCACGUUGGUGAAUGAAUGAAUAUUGAAACAAUGAUAUACAUUUACGGAAUAUAUCUGUGGCAAGUACUACAUAUUAAACACGUGUAAGGUUACGAGUUAAUAAAGCCAUUUUAGGGUACGACGUAUACGUCCUUUGUACUUGUCUCGAGUCGAAGAGCUUUCCGUGGAUGCGUUAAAAUAAUGAACAUUGAUGAUAACGUUGAAAAGUAAAAUCGUAAAUAGACGUACCAUACGUAAUACGAGAUAGAACGACAUAGAACGACUGACAACGAGAGUCACGCGAAAAAGAUCGAUCGUUGCUUCCAGAGUUGAACGGGCUACGACGUUUAGAGGAUAUAUACCUAUACUAUAUAUAGACGCGACUUAUCUCUUUUUGUAUCGUUUAAAUGUAAGUUAUCGCGUCGUAUUCAUCGAAGUACCCAAAUACAUUAUGUUUUUACGAAAUUAACUUUCUUCGAAAGUCUCCCGAACAACGAGCGAACUUAUUUUUCGCCGUCCGAUCCAUUCGAUUAUAAGAUCGUUCGAUUAUUCGCACGGUACAACUUAAUAUACUGAAAUAUUUGAAUUCGUUUGAUUAUGUAAGCCGUCGGUUCCGUCCGUGUCGGUGCUAGAAUACAAUUUCGCAUUCGCACGGUUACAUAUAUAAUAUAUAUUUCGGAUUGAAAUGCAGACCAGAGCUAGCAAUUUCUAUGGACUACGUUUGGUCGUUUGCGUCAGUCGCCACAAAUGAAUAAAUUUCAUGUUUUAGCA